GCAGGAUCUCGCCGGCACUGUCAUCUCCGCCCCGGCGGACAGCGGCUUCAAGGCUGGCGACGAGGUCUACGCGCGCAUCUCGGCCGACCGCCCGGGCGCCGCGGCCGAGUACGUUCUGGCGCGGGUGCCUGAGCUUGCCAUCAGGCCCAAGAACCUCAGCUGGGCGGAGACGGCAGCCACUCCCAUCAGCGCUAUCACGGCGUACCAGUCGCUCUUCACAAAGGGUACCCUGGACCCCUUGGCGCUAACGGGCGACGUGGCCGCGCGGGCAAAAAAUGCUAAGCUCCGUGUCCUGAUCACUGCCGGGGCGGGAGGGGUUGGUAGCUGGGCAGUCCAGCUUGCCCGAGUCGCCGGAGUGGCCGCCAUCGUGGCCGUUAUUGGACCGAAAAAUAACGAAUUUGUACGACAGCUCGGCGCCACGGAGACCAUGGACUAUACCAAGCAAAGCAUCGGUGACUGGGCGGCUGAGGAUCCCGCAUCUCGAGAGGUCGAUCUGGUCUUCGACUGCAUUGGCGGCUCAUCGCUCGCUCAGUCCUGGUAUGCAGUGAGAGAUGGAGGAAGCCUUGUUAGUGUCUGUGGUGAGCCAGAGAAAAGUCGCCCACAGGAUGUUAAAAAGGAGGCCCAUAGCUUGUGGUUCGUCAUCACUUCUCUCGGCAAGGAUUUGGACGUCAUUACGGGGCUGUUAGAGGCUGGCAAGCUCAAGCCAAACAUUGAUAGCGUGGUCGACUUUGUUGACUUUGCUGAGGCAUGGGACAAGGUGGAGUCAGGCCGGGCGAAAGGGAAAGUCGUUGUGAAGGUGUCCGACAAGGCAUAGCGUAGAGAACGACGCUCCGGGAGCUCAGAUUGAUGUUCUGCUCACUUCAGUCAUCUUCAAAGGUUACUUCAGAUAACUUCAUACACAAAUAGGUCAAUAUCACGC